CUUAGUAAAGUUAGAUCGCAGAAAUUAAAUUUUGUUACAAGAAUAUUCACCAAAGACAUUUUUACGAUAUUUCUUGAAAUGUCUCAUAAUACUUUGAAGCCCACGGGACAUGGACAUUGCGAGGCUAUUUUCUCAACUUCUCCGAUCAGUUCUAACAAGGAAAACGCCGUUCCUGAAUUGAAAACUAGAAAGAAUUUGUGUCCUUCCUUCCUAUCUAAUCAGCCAUCUGUACCAGCCAAAAGUCAAAGUACAAAUAAAAGGGUCCAAUGUUCCACGAAAAAAACAUCAAAACAUGAAAUAACAGAUAUUAUAGGAUUUUCAAACAAGUCCAAUAAUAUGGAACUAUCGUAUCCCAAAUCUAUUAAUACAGCAAAGCAAGAAAAUACAGUCUACAAUAAUAUAUCCGAUGAAAAAUUGAGGACUCCUGUCAGGAAGCACACAACUGGUUUGCACAUUGAUAAGACAUCGGUUAUACAGUUUUGCACACCCAAACAUUUAAGGCCAAGCAAUACACCUAGCAGCAGUACAAGAUUCAAUAUUUUACCUGCUUCAAGAACACCUGUAAAGCGUUACUUUAGUGAUCAAGCUUUAUCACAAAGUACACCAGACUGUUUCAACACAGUUCAUAUGGAAACACCAUGCUGCAAAAUUGAUGAUAUAACAGUAGGGGAGCAAACAAUAUAUGAAGGUGAAAGCAGUAAUCUCACUGUGGGAAUACGUAUAAGACCCUUGAAUUCCAAGGAAUUGAAUGACCCAAAAGUUACAUCAGUUGUGCAAGGGAAUGGCCAGAAUGUCAUUGUAGAAUGUGAGUCAGCACAUCACACCUUUAUAUAUGAUCACUGCUUUGUUUCCUAUUCCGAUCCGCAUACACCCGGUCACGCCAGCCAGGAAGUUGUGUUUCACAAUAUGGUGUUACCUUUAGUACAAAAUGCUUUCGAAGGCUACAAUGUCUGCUUGUUCGCUUAUGGACAGACAGGAUCUGGAAAGAGUUACAGCUUAAUGGGCACAGAAUCCACACAGUUCGGCACGAUGCCAUUUGAUGAGAAAGUCGGUAUCAUACCGAGAUUCUGCCAGGAAAUAUUUACACGAGCGUGUAAUAAUGUGCAGAUUGAGACUACCGUAGAGAUCAGUUAUUUUGAGAUAUACAAUGAGAAGAUACACGACCUCUUAGCGAGUACGACUAGCGGGGCGAAAAAGGCUCCUCUUAAAGUGAGGGAGCACCCCGAUAUAGGUCCUUACGUUGUAGAUUUGAGCCAACACUGUGUUCAAAAUUACAAAGAUUUACAGGCUUGGCUUAAAGUGGGAAACUCUCAGAGAGCUACAGCUGCAAAUGGUAUGAACGAGAAGAGCUCAAGGUCUCACAGUAUCUUCAGUAUUAUAUUAUCGCAAUCGCACUCGGACAAGAAGUUGGAUAGCAAAUCACUUAAUGCUAAUCGUCGUAGCAAAAUUAAUUUGGUCGAUUUAGCUGGCAGCGAGAGGUUGAGUCAAACCUCUGCAACCGGUGAUAGGUUGAGGGAAGGUGUAUCUAUCAAUAAAUCCUUGCUCACCUUGGGGAAAGUAAUCGCAUCACUCACGGAGAACACGAGCAAUCGUAAGCAGGGUUUCGUGCCGUAUCGUGAGUCGGUGUUGACGUGGCUGCUAAAGGAGAGCCUAGGGGGAAAUUCGCGGACGGCGAUGCUCGGGACGGUAUCACCGGCCAGCAUCCACGUAGAAGAGACUCUAGCGACUCUUCGAUACGCAUGCCAGGCCAGAGCAAUAGUCAAUCGGAUUCGUAUCAACGAGGAUCCACAUGACCGACUAAUACGCGAAUUGAAAGCUGAAGUUCAGCGUUUACGUGGGGUGCGCGAGGGGUACGAGAAGCAACUUGGAGUUAUACCUCGUCGGCUGCUCGAUUGCGUCGAACCGACUCAUCGGUCAGACAGGGAAGUUCAACGAAAGCAAAAGGAGAUUGACAAACUGAAGGAUCAGUUGAAGAAAACAGAGGAGCAGCUGACCGCUACUCAGAUGAGCUGGCGUGAAAAGUGCCAGAAAGCCGAGGAGAGGAAGAGCACCGAGCUGAAAUAUUUGCGUCGCUGCGGAAUUGCGAUCGAGAUCGAUUUUCAUGAGCGGGACAAACAGCCUUGUCUCGUAAACCUUACGGCCGACCCAAUGUUGUCCGGCACGCUUUUGUAUGUUUUACCUCCAGGUCUGGUUAAUGUCGGCAGAAACAGCGGACCGGAAACUGCCCGCAGAAAAUUGGAUAUUAUGCUGGAUGGGCCUCUUGUUAGGGAGUUACACUGCUCCAUCGAGAAUAACGAGGGAAAAUUGAUUCUCACGCCCGAGAUGGACGGUGAUACAUACGUCAAUGGUCAGAUGAUAACUGGAAAAGUCAUGCUCAAACACGGCGACCGCUUGGUCAUCGGCGGUAAUCAUUAUUUCAAAGUCUUGAACCCGUACGACAAACCAUGCAACGUCAAGCUUUCCGCACAAACAAUAGACUUUGAAUUUGCACAUCAGGAAAUUCUCCGGAUACAAGAAGAGAAAUUAAGAGCGGAACUGGAGGAAUCGAAGCAGAAAGCAAUAAAGGAGCUGGAGAACGCCAAGCAGGAGGUGGAAUUGCAGCUUGGCUUGCAGAAAUCAACGUACGAGCGUAAGAUCGAGGACCUUGGAUCCACUUUGGAAGAGCAGAAGCAUGCGCUCGAGCAGAUCAAUCGUAGGAGAAAAGAAUUAGAAUUGGAGAGAGAAUUGCUCGUCACAGAAGUGGAGACGAAUAACAAGAUCAAGAAGAUAGAAUUAGAGCAGAGUCACGCGAAACUGGCGCCAUAUAAAUCGAACUUCCUGCAAGAACUGGAGAAUAUUCUGAAUGAGCAAACGGCGGAUUUCGAGAGCGCGCUUAAGAUGAAGCUCAGUAAGGAAGCUAUAAAUGCCGGUGGAAUUAGUUUGCACGAGAUGCAAAUACUUGUCAAGGAGGCAACUCAGCGUUGCAAAGAAGUCGGAUUCGAUUACGAAUUCGAUCAGCAACAAAUAAUAGUGAGAAAGAAAUUGCAGCCGGUGGUGCGCGUCCGCGAUAGGACGCGAAUGAUGGAAACACUCUUGAAAUCGAUGGACUUUCUGGACUGGGUUCAUCGCUUGAGGAACUGUGAUAUUGAAGAUUCGAUGAGGGAGCUACGAGAUUUCGAUUGUAAUUGGGAGCCUUACGAUGAAACAGAAGUGUUCGAGGACUCUUUGAACGGCAGUCGAAUCUCGAUAAAUAUAACGCCUGUGAAGAAGCAGCUGAAUGAGAGUAUCCAUCAGUUUUCCAUGGAUGGAUCCAUGCUCGAGGCGACUUUGCACGACCAAACGUCCAUCAUAACGUCGCACAAUCAACAGGAGGACAUAAAUGUCUGUCUCACUCAAAUAGAGGUGGCCACGAAAACGUUGACAAAGCUGUGCCGUCAGGACAAAAUAUAUAGCACUGAGCCGAUUGUCCAGUCGUUAACUAAAAUGCAAGAUGUUGUCGAAACCUUAAAGAACAUCUUCCGAAAUAGAGAACACAAUGAGUGCGAGGAGACGAGCACAAGUUCGACGAGCAGCGCUGACGAAACCGUCAUUGACGUGACGAACGACGUGAAGAAUAUCUUCCAGAAGGAGAAUCUAACAGAGUGCAAGGAAGAAAGUACAAAUUCAAUAGACAGCGCAAGUAAGACGAACGAGACGGAGAGCGAUGUUAUAAAUUUAAAUCAAAAUACAUCGCCCACGAAGUCGAACUUGCGAAACGCUGUGUCUGACGUAAGAGCCGUGAAUGCUCAAAAGAACGUGAAGUUCGAUAAAACGGUAAAUCAGUGAGUCUGUGAAACCAGCGAAAGAGAAAGGAAUAAUCGUUAUUUAGGAUAGUUAUUUUUAAACGCCGCUAUCAAAAAACAUUCCGUAAGGAAAGUAUCGUAUGAUAAUAUUAUAAUGACACAUCGUAUAAUAGAUGCAAGCAAAUUCUUACCAAGCAUUUUAUUAAUUUAUACGUUUUAAUAUAUUUUAAUUCGAAAAUUAAAACCGUUAUCACUUUGGUGAGCUCAAUUUUUGAUAAUCAAUAACCUCUAUAUAAAAUAUUUAUUUAUUUAAUAUCAAAAUUUGGGCUCAAAUGGACAGAUAGGCACACACACACACAUACACACACAUACACUGGAAUUAUACCAGUAACAAACUAUUUCAAAAUAUUCCUUAGAAGACACGUUUGUAUUUUGCAUCAUUUUAUGAUUUUGCUUGUUUUAUUUCAUUUUUUACUUUGCCCGGUCUCUUUAUCAAACUUAAAAAAUUAAAUCAAGAGGCUCGGUAGUCAGAUUUUAGAAUAUACCGAGGAAUUCAUGCACAUGAUAUACAUGGUUAGCAACGAAUCAAAAGAGACUGCAUAAUAUAAUUUAUAACAUGCGAAUUGUAUAUUCUAUGUAUGUAAAUUUGAUUAACGAUACACGCGAAAAUUUGUUACAACAGCACGAGAGCUUUAAGACCUCCGAUUUCAAUAUUAGAGCUUAAUUUUUUUUUAAUUUUUCACGCAACUC